AUGGAGUCGUCGAGCGGCUUUCACCCCUCCUUCGCCAACAACGCCGUGCCAUCUGCACCGUACGUCCGUCGAGCACCCAGCCCGCCAUUCAUUCACAUCCCACCGACAGGACAAUGCGGAGUCUCCGCUGCGCCCAUCCUCCUCCCAUCGUACGAACAAGUCGAUUCGAGUCAGUUGACGGCCCACGAUGUCAAGAUCAUCACGCAAAACAUGCAGCAGAUCGCUACAGAUCGCGCGGCAGAUUGGUCCUACGAGCAGCGACGUGACGCCCAGAAGCUCGUGGACUUUUUGUACCUUGGUCCCAACAGCACCGCCAAGGAUAUCAAGCGGCUGCAGGAGGAGGGCAUCACUAUGAUUGCUGUAGCGAGGGAUGCGCGCAUGGCGGGGGUCAAGCUCAUGAGUGUUGAGAAGGCUGCGAAAACGCUCGACAUUGAGGUCCGAUACAUCGAUCUGGAGGGCAACGAUAAGCUGAUCAGUUCGUUCCCCAACAUUAUCCGGCUGAUCAACGACCAUCUUCUCUCCGUGUAUCACAGCCAAGCCAAAGGUCGUAACAAGAACGGCGAACUGCUCGUUGAUCCAAGCUCAUUCCGCCGCGGCAAAGUCCUCCUCACGUGCGAGACGGGCAACGACAGAUCAGCCGCCAUCGCCGCAGCCUACAUCAUGGCAGUCUUUGGAAAGGACAUGAUCACCGCGGUUCAAUUCAUCAGCAUCCAACGGUUCUGCUGCGCUUUCGACGAGGACACCAAGCGGAAGCUGCAGUGCUGGGAGGAUAUCUUACGGGCGCGCUCGCAAGUCGCUAUGGAGCAGUCUGUUCCUCCCAACGCCUCACAUACGAAGCGGCAUAUUGAUGAUGUGAUGGACACGAGUGAGGAUCCUAAUGAUAAGGGGGAGUUUGCGCUGGACCAAGAUCGAUUCAAUGGACGUGGAUCGUUUGCGCCGUUUGUGGAUAUGUAG